CAGCUCCUACAACAAGCUCGUGCGGCCCGUCGUCAACACGUCCGACGUGCUGCGCGUCUGCAUCAAGCUCAAGCUGUCGCAGCUCAUCGACGUGAAUCUGAAGAACCAGAUAAUGACGACGAACUUGUGGGUCGAACAGUCCUGGUACGACUACAAGCUGCGGUGGGAGCCCAAGGAGUACGGCGGCGUCCACAUGCUGCACGUGCCCUCCGACCACAUCUGGCGGCCAGACAUCGUCCUCUACAACAACGCCGACGGGAGCUACGAGGUGACCAUCAAGACCAAGGCGACCGUCUACUACACGGGGCUGGUCAUGUGGCAGCCGCCGGCCGUCUACAAGUCCUCGUGCUCUAUCGAUGUUGAGUUCUUUCCCUACGACGUGCAGACGUGUGUCUUGAAGCUAGGCAGUUGGACCUAUGACGGUUUCAAGGUGGACCUGCGGCACAUGGACGAGCAGGCGGGCUCCAACGUCGUGGAGGUGGGCGUCGACCUGUCCGAGUUCUACAUGUCCGUCGAGUGGGACAUCCUGGAGGUGCCUGCAGUCAGGAACGAGAAGUUCUACACGUGCUGCGACGAGCCGUACCUCGACAUCACGUUCAACAUCACGAUGCGCCGCAAGACGCUCUUCUACACGGUGAACAUCAUCAUCCCCUGCAUGGGCAUCUCGUUCCUCACCGUGCUCACCUUCUACCUGCCCUCCGACAGCGGGGAGAAGGUGACGCUGUCCAUCUCGAUCCUGAUUAGCCUGCACGUGUUCUUCCUGCUGGUGGUCGAGAUCAUCCCGCCCACGUCGCUGGUGGUGCCGCUACUCGGCAAGUACCUCAUCUUCGCCAUGAUCCUCGUCUCCAUCAGCAUCUGCGUGACGGUGGUGGUGCUCAACGUGCACUUCCGGUCGCCGCAGACGCACAAGAUGGCGCCCUGGGUGAAGCGCGUCUUCAUCCACAUCCUGCCCCGCCUGCUGGUGAUGCGCCGGCCGCAGUACCAGUUCGAGGCCACCAGCCUGCUGGACGGCGGGCUGCUGGGCGGCAGCUGCCAGGUGCACGGCCCCCUGGGAGCGGCACUGGAGGCAGAGAGACUGUCCGACGCAGAGGAGGCGUGCAAGAGCCCGCCCCCGCUGCCGCCACUGCCUCCACUGGGCCUGGGGCUGGCGGCGCCCCCACACCCCCAAGGGGCGCUGAGGAGCCCCCCAGCCUUCCCCCACUCUCGCUGUCCCCCGGAGGUGCACCGCUCCUGCUUCUGUGUGCGCUUCAUCGCUGAGCACACGCGCAUGCUCGAGGACUCCACCAAGGUGAAGGAGGACUGGAAGUACGUGGCGAUGGUGCUCGACCGGCUGUUCCUGUGGAUCUUCACACUGGCCGUGCUGGUGGGCACGGCGGGCAUCAUCCUGCAGGCUCCCACGCUCUACGACGACCGCGUGCCCAUCGACAAGAAGUUCAGCGAGUUCGCCACGACCACCGUGGUACGCUGCCCUCCUCAGUAG